AAAACUGUCAAUUCAAAAUUUCUGUCCUGAAUUUACAAUGAUAACUCUGAACUACUUUACAGAGGAUGGAUGUUUUGCUGAUGGGGGACUUGAACCAAACUUCCUAUCAAUAUUUGACUGACAUUUAUCAAGUACCGACCGCCAUUGGUCUUUGAUUAAAAGAGAAAAAGUGACUACGUGUGGAUGUAUCAGUGAGACGGUAGAAGAACUGGUAAACAAACAUGACAAGAAUGUCACAAUAUGUUCGCUGUUGAGAAUUUGAACCAACUGCACCGCCUCAAAAGUCAUCAGAAUAUCUACAAGAAGAAGAAACUUGGAACCUGAGUCUGUGGUCGGACAAGGCUUCAAGUGAUUAUCUAACCUGGAGAGUCACAAAGACACUGAGGCGAUGGCGAAUCCGUGCAAAUGUGGGUCCUGUGGGAUGGGAUUCAGUUUCCCAUCCCAGCUGGAAAUUCACCAACGGGCUCACACCAAGGAGAGUCCGUUUGUCUGCUCCUUGUGCGGGAAGGGAUUCACGUGCUCAUCCCGCCUGUUGACACACCAGCGGAUUCACACCGGGGGAAAGCCACACACCACCUGCACCGUGCGUGGGAAGGGAUUCACCGAGUCGUCCAAGCUAAAGGCGCACCAUCAGGUCCACAGCAAGGAGAAAAGUUUUAAUUGUUCCAACUGCGAGAAGAGCUUCAAAAGCUCGCAGUACCUGCGGAGGCACCAGCAGGUUCACACCACAGAAUCCCUGCUCCGUGUGCGGAAGGGAUUCACUCGUUCGUACAACCUCCUGCUGCAUGAGCGGGUGGACAUUGGGAAAAGGCCGUUCGCCUGUUCCGUGUGCGGGAAGGGAUUCAACCAGUUAGCCGGACUGCUGAUACACAAACGGGUCCACACCGGGGAGCGACUGUUCUCCUUGUUCCGCGUGCGGGAAGAGAUUCAUCUCUUCAUCGAACCUGCUGGUUCACCAGCGGGUCCACACUGGAGAACGGCCAUUCUCCUGCCCCGUGUGCGGGAAAGGAUUCAUUUGUUCAUCCAACCCCCUGGUGCACCGGCGCGUUCACACCAGGGAGAGGCCGUUCCCUGCUCCAUCUGUGGGAAGGGAUUCACUCAGUUGUCCAAUUUACAGACGCACCGGCGAGUUCACAGUUGACGGCUAGGUUUAGAUUCU